AUGGCGCCUCUUGCCUUGGCCCUCGCUGCUGCCGUCGCUGCGGCCCCCCUCGUACGCGCCGGAGUCUACCCCAUCGCCGAGUCUAUGGCGGGGGACACCUUCCUGCAGGGUUGGAACUGGCCAGACAGCUUCUACGACAACACCACCAGCGGUGAGGUGUUCUGGUAUGGCUCGGCCGAGUGGAACAGCUCAAGCCCACUCAUCUACAAGACUGCCAAGGGUACAACAAUCAUGAAGGUCGACGACACCUCGACCGUCGUUGCCAACCCCUGGCACACUACCAAGCGCUUCGCUCCCAAGCUUCUCAGCAAGCGCGCAUACGGUGUUGGCACCGUCUGGGUUCUUGACGCGAUCCACAUGCCCUACGGCUGCAGUGUCUGGCCCGCUUUCUGGACCGUCGGCCCCAAGUGGCCUGUUGGCGGUGAGAUUGACAUCAUGGAGGGUAUCCACAACCAGCCCGUCAACCAGAUGGCGCUCCAUUCUGCCGAGGACGGCUGCUACGCGCCUCAGACCAACCAGGCCCUCAUGACGGGUGACUGGGGAUCGCUCAACUGCUCCAUCGGCUACUCGUACGGUUCGGGCUGCACGGCCCGUGACACUGACCCUGCGUCCUACGGUGCCGGCUUUGCUGCUGCCGGUGGAGGUGUCUUUGUUGCAGAGUGGGCUCCAGAGGCUAUCAAGAUCUGGUUCAUCCCGCGUGCCCGGGUCCCAGCCGCCCUGACCGCCGAUGCCAAGUCGAUUGACACGAGCACCCUUGGUACACCGACUGGCUACUGGGGUAACAAGGAUUGCACCUUCACGCGCUACUUUGGCCCUCAGACUCUUAUUCUCCAGACCACUCUUUGCGGCGUCUGGGCUGGGCUUGAAAGCACCCUCGCUGCCAACGGUUGCACUGGCUACGCCUCGGGCGAGGACUGCUACACCACUUACGUUAACGGCGACGGCUCCAACUACCGUACCGCCUACUACGAGAUCAACUACGUCAACAUCUUCAACGCUGCGGUCUCGACCACACCUGGUGUCGAGGGCGGUCUCCCAGCCGACGGGCCUGUCGCCGGCAACAACAACCUGGGCCGCCAGCAAGCCACCUCGGUCUCGUCCUCGAUCACGACCGAGGCAGACGGCGCGACUUCGCUUGUCCAGGUCACGGUGACCCAGAACGUCCCCGACGUCGCCGAUGCUCCCACUGCCGUCACGACUGCUUCCCGUAAGAGUGGUGCCAAGUCGCGUAUCGGUUCUGCCCUUGCGCUUGCUUCUCUUGCUGUCUUUGUCGCUGGCCUCUUCUAA